CCCACACAAGCAAAGUUCAUAAGCAAAAGGAUAUCUCUAUUCUUUGUCGCUAUUUCAACCUUGUUUUAACCCAAUCGCAGGCAUUUUUCAUGUGGAACUUUCUUUAUUUGAAUUUCACUCAGUUUCACAGCUACACUUGCUAACCUUACCUUAGCAGCGAAUCAGCUCUAUCCUGGGUUCGAACCGGGCAUAUACAUACAUUUCCCUGUCUUUUCAAAAUUAAACAAUAAUGAUUACAAAAGCCAUACAGCGCAACAUUAAAACCCUUCAUACCCUGUCUAAUAUUAAAUCAGGUUGGGAAGCAGUCAUUGGAAUCGAAGUCCACGCUCAGAUCAACACAAAAACAAAACUAUUCUCAGAUUCCUCCACUUCUUAUAAUGAUCACGUAAAUACGCAUGUAUCAGUUAUUGACGCUGCUUUCCCUGGUGUUCAACCUAGAUUAAAUCAGCGUGCAGUUGAACUUGCCAUCAGAACAGCUCUUGCCAUGGACGGUCAAAUUCAAAAAAAGUCAAGCUUUGACCGUAAACAUUACUUUUAUCCUGAUCUUCCACAAGGCUAUCAGAUCACACAACAAAGAGAGCCUAUCUCACGAGGUGGAUUUAUAACACUGACAGAAAAUGAUGGAGCUGAGCAGCCAGUAAAGGUUGGCAUUCAUCAGAUACAACUAGAACAAGAUACAGGCAAAAGUUUUCAUGAUAUGCGACCAGGAGAGACAUUGUUAGAUCUCAACAGAGCAGGUACUGCUUUGAUGGAAAUUGUGACCAAGCCCGAUUUGAGAUCUUCUUUUGAAGCUGGUUUAUUAGUCAAGAAAUUACAAAAUAUAUUACAAUGGGUAGGUUCGUCAAAGGCCAGUCUGGAGGAGGGAUCGAUGCGAUGCGAUGUCAAUGUGUCUGUGAGAAGAAAAGGUCAGCAAGAGCUUGGUACAAGAUGCGAAUUGAAGAAUUUGAAUCGCAUUCGUAUCCUUUCUAUGGCUAUUGAUGCUGAGAUUCGUCGUCAGAUUGAGGUUUUAGAAAAUGGAGGAAAAGUAACAGUUGAAACUCGUAGAUAUGAUGAAGAUAAGGAUAUUACGUACAGAUUAAGAAGUAAAGAAGAGGCACCUGAUUAUAGAUACAUGCCAGAACCAGAUCUUCCACCACUUCUUCUUUCAGAGGAAUAUAUUAAUAAUCUAGCCAAUCAAUUGCCUGAGUUGCCUGACCAAUGCUUCGAAAGGAUAACAAGACAAUACAGCUUGAAUAAGCAAAGUGCAGAUUUACUAUUGCACGAAUAUAAAUGCGUCGAUUAUUUUGAAAAAGUCUGCGAAGGAAGGAAUCCAAAGAUAGUAGCCAACUGGACAUUAAAUGAGUUAUCUGGCGUCUUGGCAUCCAAUAACAUUUCCUUUAAAGACAAUCCUAUAUCUAUAAAACACUUUGGAAGAUUGAUUGAUCUCAUACAAGAUGGUACCAUCACAGGAAAGACGGGUAAGCAGGUUAUCAAGCUGAUGAUAAAGGAUGACAGAGACCCUUUUGAGAUUGUAAAAGAAAAGAAUUGGAUCAGGAUCACUGAUAAAGACACACUUCAAUCUAUUUGUAAUGAGUUGAUCAAAAAGCAUGCGGACAAGGCAAAUGCUGUCAAAAAUGGUGAUGUCAAGCUUUUCCAUUUCUUUUUAGGGCAAGCUAUGGGCCGUACAAAGGGCAUGGCUGAUCCCAAUAUUUUAAAUCAAGCAUUGAGUAAUGCAUUUGGUUGGAAUAGCUUUGAUGAGCUUAUGGCAGCAGGAAAAGCAAAGUCUGGAAAUAAAAAAUAGUAUCAAUAUACCCUUGAUUUAUAGAAUAAAAGAAUAAUCUUGUAUAUCAAAGACACCCAAUUUUUAGUAUUAGUUUUUAGGCUGUUUAUAAAAGCAACAUAGCAAUAAUUACAAAGUGUAACCAAAACUACCGCUGGGAUCCA